AUGAGCUCCUCUUUUGCGAGCCGGCGCAAGGCCCGGCGGAUUGGCGCAGAUGAUGAAGAAGCCGACGCGAAUGCAGAGCAAGAGCCUGUUGUUCGGAAGCCGUCUUCUAAACCAAAGAAGAAAUCCAAGUUACACCUCUCUUUUGGGGCCGGUGGGACUUCUAUGACGGACGACGUUUCUGACGAAGGAGAGGUCGUCAUUCCAAAGAAAACGGGGAUAAGGCGCAAUGUUUUAGAGAGAUCUUCAGUCUUGAGAUCCUCGAAAUCGUCAGAGGCACUUCCUGUCAGGGCAGGUCGUGACGAAGACCGACCCAGCUAUAGCAAAGACUAUCUUCAAGAAUUACGAAACUCAACACACUCUACCCCGAAGAAUGUAUCUCGCCCGGAUACCGAAGAUGAAAAGGACAAGGCUUUAGAUAUUGCUGGAAAGUUUGGAGAAAUAGUACAAUUUUCCGGGCAGUCUGCUAUCCCUAGUGAAGCCGAAAUCCGAGAGAAAAAGGAACGCCGAAGUCGACUUGCCAAGGAGCAAGAAUACAUAUCUCUGAAUGAUACUGGGUUGGAAGAUGAAGAGGAUGACUGGACGUUAUCCAAGAAACCACUAGAAAGCGACACAAGAUUAGUGCGCGAUGACGAGGAUUUUGCGGAGGGAUUUGAUGACUAUGUUGAGGACGGGCGGAUAGCAAUGGGGAAGAGAGCGGAGAUUGAGCAAAAACGGCGCCAACGUGCAGAUAUGAAGGAACUUAUAAAUGAUGCAGAAGAUCUCUCUGACGAUGAUGAUUCCGAAACGGAACGCCGAGCUGCGUAUGAGUCUGCACAGACUCGCGCAGGGAUGGACGGUUUAAAGAGAGAUGACCGAGAAGCGGUGGCACGUCCAAAAACACCCCCUAAAAUAACUUCACUUCCGACACUUGCAUCGAAAUUAGCCGGUUUACGAAUGAGUGUAACGGCAAUGGAGAAUUCCAGAAUGCAAUUCGUCAACCGUCUCGAGGAACUCCGUAAGGAGAAAGUGGAAAUCGCAGAAAGAGAGACCGAGAUUCAGAAUCUCUUGAAGGAGGCGGGCGAGAAGUAUGAGAAACUCAGAGCGGAGGCCGGAUCAACUGCAGCAACGGAGAAGCUCAUUACCGGGGUCGAUGUUGAGGCUGACCAUGGUCUUGACAACCUUGGAGCCGUUUCUAUGCCGGCACCAGGCGCUGAAAUCGAAGAAGAUUGA